AUGGCAGAGGCAGCCAUAGGUGGUAAUUCAACUAUUUCAAAUACAGUUUCUUCCACUACUGUUCUCGGUUCUUACCCUUUAAGUGUCACAAUUGAGUGUGCUCAUCUGAGAAGUGGAAGUAGCUUUUCAUUAAAACCAAAUCCUUAUGUUGAAUUGUCUGUUGAUAAUCAAUACCCUAAAAAAACUGAAGUAGUUAAAUGUACUUAUCAACCUAAAUGGAACGAAGAAUUUUCUGUACUUGUGACACCAUAUUCUUAUCUUCAUUAUAAACUACUCGACCAAAGUACAUUCCGCAGGGAUAGUGUAAUAGGUGAAAAAAACCUUUCACUUUUUGAAGUACUUUCCCAUUAUAAUGGAAAAUGUGAAAAUUUAGAAUUAACCCUUGUUUUAACAUAUGAUUCAAAACAAGUUGGAGAGCUUAUUAUUUUACUGAAUGGGUUAAAGGUAGACAUGAAAGCUUAUCCUCCACAACAAUCCACUCAGUCUACAGUGGUUGAACAUGCUAUUAGAUCUAGUCCCUUAACCCAAAGUAAUUCAGAGACUGUAUCUCAUCGUAGUGUACUUAAUGGAGGUGUGCGAGGAAGAAUGAGAGUAUCUGGUUCAGAAAAUUCAAUACCUGCAGCAAGUGGAAAUGUUUUUGUUUUACCUUCACCAUUAGUAAAUUCAUCUCAUAAUUCACCUUAUCCUGUACAGUUCCGUGUCGGAAAUACGCCUUAUGUGUCUGUUAAUACCACUCCUAAUAUGGAAUCUACAUCUCAAGUUGAACCAUCCGAAAUGGCCCGAGCAUUCCCUCAAAAUGCACCGAAUAGUUCACAGUCAUCAUUAGUAACAUUAAAUCAUAUUUCGAAUGGGGUAAACAUUGUCGGUCCUCCUCCCGGUCCACAUAUUCCUGAUUCACGUUCUUCGUUAAAUGCCCCAGACGAUCCCUUACCAGCUGGAUGGGAGAUGAGGUAUGACAUGUACGGUAGGAAAUAUUAUGUCGACCACAAUACUAGAAGCACUUCCUGGGAACGGCCCCAACCACUGCCAGCUGGUUGGGAAGUUCGCAGAGAUCCUCGUGGAAGAAAUUAUUUUCUUGAUCACAAUACAAGAACAACAACAUGGCAAAGGCCCAACUCAGAAAGGCUUCAGCAUUUUCAACAUUGGCAGGGAGAAAGGGCCACCGUCGUACAACAAGGAAAUCAACGGUUUCUUUAUUCGCCGGUAUUAUUUAGUCCAAGCGCUUUGGCAGACGAUGACGACUCAUUGGGUCCUCUUCCUUCUUCUUGGGAAAAAAGAAUGCAACCGGAUGGAAAAGUUUAUUUUGUAAAUCAUAAAAAUAGAACAACACAAUGGGAAGAUCCCAGAACUCAAGGUCAAGAAGAUGAACCACCACUUCCACCUGGAUGGGAAAUCAGGUUAACGGAAGACGGUAUUAGAUAUUUUGUCGAUCACAAUACCAAAACGACAACUUUUCAAGAUCCUCGUCCGGGAGCUCCCAAAGGACCAAAAGGAGUGUAUGGAGUUCCGAGGGCAUAUGAACGUUCUUUCAAAUGGAAACUCAGUCAAUUUCGGUAUCUUUGUCAGAGUAAUGCACUUUUAAAUCAUAUAAAAAUAACAGUCACACGUCAAACUCUUUUCGAAGACUCUUAUCAUCAAAUAAUGCGACUUCCUCCGUACGAAUUACGGAGAAGAUUGUAUAUAACCUUUCGAGGGGAAGAAGGACUUGAUUAUGGGGGUGUAUCUAGGGAAUGGUUUUUCCUUUUAUCUCACGAAGUUUUAAAUCCGAUGUAUUGUUUAUUUGAAUAUGCCAAUAAAAAUAAUUAUAGUUUGCAAAUAAAUCCUGCUUCUUACGUUAAUCCAGAUCAUUUGUUAUAUUUUAAAUUUAUCGGACGCUUUAUUGCAAUGGCUUUGUAUCACGGAAGAUUCAUUUACUCCGGGUUCACCAUGCCAUUUUAUAAAAGAAUGUUAAAUAAAAAAUUGAUUAUGAAGGAUAUAGAAUCAAUUGAUCCGGAAUUUUACAAUUCUUUAUUAUGGAUUAAAGACAAUAACGUGGACGAAUGCGAAUUAGAAUUAUUUUUUAGCGUUGAUUUUGAAGUUUUGGGACAAAUUUUACAUCACGAAUUAAAAGAAAAGGGAGAUUUAAUUAGAGUUGUCGAAGAAAACAAGGAAGAAUACAUAAGGUUAAUGACGGAAUGGAGAAUGACGAGGGGAAUAGAAGAUCAAACUAAAGCCUUUUUAGAUGGUUUUAACGAAGUAGUACCUUUAGAAUGGUUAAAGUAUUUCGAUGAAAGAGAAUUAGAAUUAAUGCUUUGCGGAAUGCAGGAAAUAGACGUUGAAGAUUGGCAAAGGAAUGCCAUAUACAGACAUUACACGAGGAAUAGCAAGCAGGUUGUAUGGUUUUGGCAGUUUGUAAAUCAGACUGAUAAUGAGAAAAGGGCAAGAUUAUUGCAAUUUGUAACUGGAACUUGCAGAGUUCCCGUAGGUGGUUUUGCCGAACUCAUGGGAAGCAACGGGCCUCAAAGAUUUUGUAUUGAAAAAGUUGGAAAAGAUACUUGGUUACCUCGUUCACAUACCUGUUUCAACAGGCUGGAUUUACCUCCAUACAAAAGUUUUGAUCAGCUCGUUGAAAAGCUUAACUACGCAAUUGAAGAGACUGAAGGUUUUGGCCAAGAGUGA